UGUCUCUCCCUGCGAUGGAUACCAGUUUCCCCAAUCCGGUAAUCUAGAAAAUGUAUUCUGACAUGAGGGAGAAAACCAUGGCUCCCUCCGAGUCCACCCCGCUGUUAUACGUCAACGUCGCGCCCCCGCGACACCGCUAUCCACAUCAUCGCCUGCGACGCGCCUGCAGCUUCUCAUUGGGCCUGCUUCUCCUGGGAUCCCUAGUCUUAUUCCUCAUCCCAUCGGCCAUCCUACCCCGCGACCACGGCUCCAUCUUCUCCUACCUACCCUGGGCGCAUCCCCUCCCGCACGAAGCCUGGCCGCAGGGGAACGGCCUCGCCUACCAAGACCUCCAGUCCAUCCUCCUGCACACGCCCUCGCCCGCCCGGUCGCGCGAAUGGAGCGAGUACUACACCGCGGGGCCGCACCUGACAGGCCAGAACCUGAGCCAGGCGAUCUGGACGCAGGACCGCUGGCGGGAGUUUGGCGUCGCGGAGACCGAGAUCGUCGCCUAUGACGUCUACCUCAACUAUCCCAAGGACCAUCGGCUUGCCUUGCUGCGGGAGGCCGAUGGUGCCACGGAGGUUACCUUUGAGGCAUCGCUGGAGGAGGACGUCCUGGAGGAGGACGGCACGAGCGGGCUCCCUGACCGUGUGCCUAUUUUCCAUGGGUACUCUGCUAAUGGCAAUGUCACGGCGCCGUUUGUGUAUGCCAAUUUUGGCACUUUCGCGGAUUACCAGGAUCUCGUUGAUGCCAAUGUGAGUUUGGCGGGGAAGAUCGCGAUCUGUAAGUACGGUCGCAUCUUCCGGGGGUUGAAGGUCAAGCGGGCGCAGGAGCUUGGUAUGGUGGGCGUGGUUCUGUACAGCGAUCCGCAGGAGGAUGGAGAGAUUAUCGAGGAGAAUGGCUACGAGGCUUAUCCGGAUGGGCCGGCGCGGAAUCCUAGCGCGGUUCAACGGGGGAGCACCCAGUUUUUGAGCACAUCGCCCGGUGAUCCGACGACUCCAGGAUAUCCGUCGAAGCCAGGUUGCGACCGGCAAGAUCCACAGGACGCGAUCCCGUCGAUCCCCUCGCUGCCCAUCUCGUAUGCCGAGGCGCUGCCGUUCUUGCGAGCGCUGAACGGGCACGGGCCCAAGGCCUCCGAUUUCAACCAGGACUGGCAGGGAGGUAAGCUGGGCAAUAAGGGGGUGGAGUACAACAUCGGACCGUCGCCCGACGACGUGGUGAUCAACCUGUACAACGAGCAGGAGUACGUGAUCACGCCGCUGUGGAACGUCAUCGGGACAGUCAAGGGCACCAUCCCCGACGAGGUCGUCAUCCUGGGCAACCACCGCGACUCGUGGAUCGCGGGCGGAUCGGGCGACCCGAACAGCGGCUCCGCCGCAAUGAACGAAGUCAUCCGCAGCUUCGGCGAAGCGCUGAAAGCCGGGUGGCAGCCGCUGCGCACGAUCGUGUUUGCCAGCUGGGACGGCGAGGAGUACGGGCUGCUGGGAUCGACCGAGUGGGUGGAAGACCACCUCCCGUGGCUGUCGCGCGCGACCGUCGCCUACUUGAACGUGGACGUGGCCGCAUCAGGGUCGGAGUUCUUCCCGUCAGCCAGCCCGCUGCUCAACAACGUGAUCAACGAAGUCACGGGCCUCGUACCAUCUCCCAACCAGACCGUCGCAGGCCAGACAGUGCGCGACGUAUGGGACGGCCAGAUCGGCACGAUGGGCAGCGGCAGCGACUUCACGGCCUUCCAAGACUUCGCAGGCAUCCCAAGUUACGACGUAGCAUUCACGCGCGGGCCCAACGACGCCGUCUACCACUACCACUCCAACUACGACAGUUUCGCCUGGAUGGACCGAUUCGGCGACGCAGACUGGGCGUACCACACGGCGUGCGCGCAGAUCUGGGCGCUCUCCGCCGCGCAGCUGAUCGAGACGCCCGUGCUGUCCUUAAGCGCGACGGACUACGGCCGGGGACUAGCAGCUUACCUGGAGCAAAUCAAGCCGGCAGCGGGGAAGCUGCCGCCGUCGGAGAAGUUCGACUUUGCGCCGCUGGACGGGGCGAUUGCGCAAUUUGAGGAGGUGGCUGUGCAGUUUGACGGGUACGCGGCUAGCCUGGUGGAGCAGCUGGACGAGGACCUGCCCUGGUAUCUGUGGUGGAAGAAGGUGAGGCUGUUCUUUUUGAUCCGUCGGGUCAACGAUCAGUAUAAGGCGCUGGAGAGGCAGUUUCUGUAUGCGGCGGGACUGGACGGACGUAGUUGGUUCAAGCACGUGGUGUUUGCGCCGGGGCUGUGGACGGGGUAUUCGGGGGCGACGUAUCCUGGGUUGGUGGAGAGCUUGGAGGGGGGAGAUUUGAAGAAUGCGAUGAAAUGGAGGGGAAUCAUCAUGGAGAGGAUCGGGGAGGCCACCAAGUUGCUGCAGUGAGU